CAGUGGAUGACGAGGUUUUGGCGGAUUUGCUCUUGGAUGCUGAGACAAUGGUGAAAGCGCAGCAAAACCAGACAAUAAAAUGCAAGAAACCGAAGAAGAAGAAGGACUGCAAGGACAAAGGAGGUGGUAUAAAGAAAAGGAAAUACAAAAAGAAGGAACACAGUGGAAAACAUCAGAGAGCCAAGAAAGACUCGCGUCGUAGAAAAAAGUGUUUAUCAACGGGUAGUGGAGAUUCAUUAGCCUGCUGUGUCCUGUUGACCCGUCUGGAUGAGAAACGGGUUGCUGGUAAAAGAAAAAAUGCAAAACUUAGGAAGCAAAAGAGCACUAAAGUAAAAAAGAAAGAGUGCCCAAAUCAAAGUAUGACCAAAUCUGGACCUUUAAAAUCUUCCACAGCCAAUUGGCAAACACUGGAACCAAAAAAGAACCAAGAUGGCGCCUUACUCAUGUUACCAUCACCUUUUGGUGAGCCUCGCAGAAGAAGGAUGGCCUCUCUAAACGCUGAGGCCGUCAACAGUUUGUUGCUCUACAGAGACAGUUCCCUCGUGACAAAUCUCACAAAGAAUCGGAAGCCUUUCAGAGACAAUGCAGACAAAGAUCUUGCUAAAGCCAAAAAUAUUUCUUCAGGAGGUCAAGCAGUUCUGAAGGAAAGAGUCAAAAAAUCGACAAAGUCAAAAGCUCAGGCUCAGGAGAUUGACUGGUUGAGUUUGUUUGCGCCAACACCGCGGCGUCAGGCUGGUCUUACUGCUGCAGCGCUGCUUAAACUCACCAGUACCCAAUACGGAACCAAACGGCAAAAGAAGGCCGAGUCCAAAUCGGGGGUCAAGAGUGAACCAACAGUUUCCACACAUAGUGACAUGAAUGGUAAACCUGUGAGUGGAGAAACAGCCCAGGCCAAAAGAAGACUACAUCUCAAACAUGAGGAACAAGUAAAGCACAGAAUACAGGGCACAGAAGAACCGGUCCACCCCCAGCUGAACUCUGCUUUUCAAGGAUGCUGUAGUUUGUGUAAGACGGAAGCUUUGGAUGCAGAGUGGAAAAGUGCAACAGGGGGGCAGGGAUGCACCAAACAUGCUUUCCAUUGUGCCUCUUCUUUGGGAUUCUCUCUGAAAACAAUCAAAGAGGAGCAGAUGGAGUCCGAGGUGUCUUCCUGCUACUGCUGUUCCCAGGAGAGAUGUGUUGAGUACUGUCACAGACUGGCCCUAUUUCUGGAGGACAAGACCUUCAAGGAACCAGAGGAUGGCUCGCUGUCUGACGUGUUCCACCACCAUCAUCAUCACCAUCACCACCAUCAUCACCACCAUCUCCAGUCACCCCAUACUGUAGCCCACCCAGCAGCUAUGACCAUCAGCCCGCACACAUACACCUGUUUCCCAAGCUACUAUGUCCACUUCAGCCACCCUGACAGCUCCCCAUCUCCCAUCCCACCCCUCGCUUUGUGCCCAAGAAGCAGCAAGCGGCCGAAGCUGCACCCCAGCACAAGUCCACAACCCUCAGGAAUUGGCCACCCAGUGUACUGCUGCACCUCAGUGGAGGCAUGCUACAGAGAGCCCUGCAGGAUCAAGGGCUUCUCUACUUAUUCCAGUGUGAUUCCAGCCAUCCCCAGAGAAGGGUGCCCCUUCAGCCCCAAAGACUGCACUAAAUGCAGCCACGGCAUCAAAAGAGACGAAUACCCAUCAACCAUCAGUGAUCACCACAGUCCCUCCUCCGUCCCCAUUAGUCCCAGCCCCAGAAUCCUCACCGGCUGUCCCGUUCCCACUGUGCCUCCAGCCGGCCAGUCAGUGCCCCGCAUUCAGACUCCGCUGUCCGACCCCAGCCAACCCCAGUCUCAACUGCAGGUGGCGAAGGAGUGUCCGCAGAGUGCCAAGCCGCCCAGCGGGUCGAGAUCUGGAGUCCGCGGCAGCUCGGCUGUCUCCCCUCUGAACCGGGACAAGAAACAGAGGCUCAGCUCCGUCAGUGUUGGAGGGCAAACAAUUGCCAAGCAGCCAAAGAGCAGCUGCCAAAAAUCCACCAACGGCUGGAAGCCGGUUGGCCUGCCCUUUGAGAAGGAGGUUUUUAUCGUGGGUGAGGAUACGCUGGUGCUGAGGAAGAGCUUUGAGGGAAUCCACAGGGACGGGGAUGUGAUUCGGGUCAGAGACACGGUUCUGCUGAAGUCUGGACCCAGAAAAAAGACUCUGCCUUACGUGGCCAAGGUCUCAGCUCUGUGGGAGGAACCGGAGUCAGGAGAGCUGAUGAUGAGUUUGUUUUGGUACUACCGUCCAGAACACACGCAGGGGGGACGCAACCCCACGUUACAUUGUGAGAAUGAGAUCUUUGCAUCUCGUCACCAGGAUGUGAACAGCGUGGCCUGUAUUGAAGACAAAUGCUAUGUCCUAACGUUGGCACAGUAUUGUCGAUUUUGUGCCUUGGUAAAACGCCGGAGGGAGGAUGUACGCAACAGCGCCGCCUCCCUUGUGGUGCCACCCAUUGUUGACAACGCCAUGCCCACUCACCACUGUGUGCCCGACGACGUCGACCUAGAGAUGGUGUUUUUCUGUCGACAUGUCUACGACUUCCGCUAUGGACGCCUCCUCAAGAACCUGCAGUAGUA